AUGCGUCUUGUCUUCGAGCCCAACGACAUAGGAGCACCUUUGAAUCACCCACCUGGCGUGAGCAACCCGCGCCCCGACGUGUCAAGCCUCGGCGACUACACGUUUACACUCGAGGCCCCAGCACCAGACCAUAACCCUUUCAGCUCCCCGAAUGGCAUGCACGACCAUCCGUUGCCUGGAACUCCAGACAACGCUCUUCCUUCGCCUGGCGCUUCAUUGGCCCCACCUUAUUCUCCAUCUGGUCCCCUGCACCUCGCUACCACACCGCGCCCAACCCAGCACCUCACGCCUGCUCAGUCCGAUUCGUCGCCCCCACUCCACCCCCAGCGGCUUACGAUCGCCGUCGAAGAUUGUAUUGGUAUCGGCGGCACGUAUGAAGCGUACAGGGCACGCGCAACGUUCGCGACGAUCACUGGCACGGCAGAGGCGCGUGUUGUCGUCAAGUUCUGCGACCCGUUGAUAACCGGCACGCCAGAGUUCCGGGAUCGACUGUACGGGGAUGCCUGCGAACUGCAGGAGAGCAUGGACGCGGUCAUUGACGAUGUCCGCCGCGAGGCGACUAUACUUCAGCGACUCGAGCACACCUCGGCCGUGCCGCGCUUCUAUGGACUGUGGUCGGGGCAGACUGCAGACGGCAAGCGGCCGUUGCUGCUCGUCACGAUUCUCGAGGACGUUGGUGCGAGCUUCUGGCCCAUCCCUAUUUUAGGAAGCUCGGGCAAUCUUCUUCCGGCGAUUCUCGACUUGUACGACACACUGCACCGCGCGGGCGUCGUACACAACGACAUCCAGACGCGCCAUGUCAUGACGCGGUGCGCCACGUUCGACCCCAGACGCUUGUGGGACUACCCCCCCGCCACCGCUCGGGACCCAUACUCGCGCACGCUUCCGCGCGCCGGGCUGGCGCUCCCGCCCCCCUCGCUGUGCCUCAUCGACUUUGAGAGCGCUGUCAUCGAGUCGGACGCCGAGUAUGAGCAUCGCCUCGAGGAGGAGCAGCUCUUGCUCGCGCGCAAUAGGGAGAACGGGGAGCGGCGUGCGAGCGCGUGGGCAGACGCACUCGAGCAGCUGGCAGCAUCGGAGCAGUGA